GCCAGAAGGACAACCGUCCCCCGGACAGGUUCCAGCUCACCUUCCCGCUGCGCACCAACUACAUGUACGCCAAGGUGAAGAAGAGCCUGCCCGAGAUGUACGCCUUCAGCGUCUGCAUGUGGAUGAAGUCCAACGCCUCCCCUGGCAUGGGCACCCCGUUCUCCUACGCCGUGCCCGGGCAGGCAAACGAGCUGGUGCUCAUUGAGUGGGGCAACAACCCCAUGGAGAUCCUCAUCAACGACAAGGUGGCCAAACUGCCCUUUGUCAUCAACGAUGGCAAGUGGCACCACAUCUGCGUCACCUGGACCACGCGGGACGGCGUGUGGGAAGCCUACCAGGAUGGCACACAGACCGGCAGCGGCGAGAACCUGGCACCCUACCACCCCAUCAAACCCCAGGGGGUCCUGGUGCUGGGCCAGGAGCAG